AUGGCAAGGCAUGAAAUCUACAAUUUUAAGUCUAAUUCGUGGAGGGUUUGGGAUAUCAUUCCUAGUUUUUAUGAUAUAUCGUUUAAACGAGGCAUUUCAUUGAAGGGGAAUACUUACUUUCUUGCUCAUAAAGGGCAAGAUUUUGUAAUAUGUUUUGAUUUUACAACAGAGAUAUUUGGACCACGUCUGCAUUUGCCGCUUGAACUCAAUGAUGAUGUGAUUCUAUCUUGUGUUAGAGAAGAGCAGCUUGCGGUGCUUUUUGUUAGGUGUCGGGGUAGAUAUGAGUUGGCGAUAUGGAUUACAACUAAGAUUGAAUCCAAUGCUAUGUCGUGGAGCAAAUUCUUUAAAGUUGAUAUUCAACUCGUGCGUAAAUCUUACUUUCUAUCUCAGUUUAAAGUUCAAAGUUUCUUCCUUGAUAAAGAGAAGAAAAGAGCAGUUGUUUGUGGUAAAGGCUUACAUGGUAGGACAUCUAUCGUAGUUGGAGAAGAUGGGUGCUUCGAAAAAUUGGAUCUCAUAGAUGUGUUCUCUUCCCUUACGACUACCGGCUACCGCAAGUGUUGCGUAUUCCAUAUUCCAUCGCCCCCUGCCCCAAGAAUCCAAGGUGAUGAAUCUGCCAGUAGAAAGGCUGAGGUGUAUGUGUACAGAUUGCCAGAGUUCCUUAAUUAUCAUCACUACAAGAAAACACGCGAUUUGCGAUGGCAAGAUUUGUCGCUCUUCCCUCGCAAACUGUUGUUAGCGACGCAUUUGUGA